GGGAAGGUGGGUGGCGAUGUUGUCAACGUGACUGUCAUCAAGCAGAGGGAGAGAACAGCUAUGGAAGCCAUCCGUGGAUGAGUGCUUUAUCCCGUUGGACUUGAAAAGUGGCAGUGAGGCACUAGCCAACCGUAGAUUUUGUAGACAUAGAAACACAACGUAAAUGUUCAGGAAAUUAGUUAGACACUUGAACUCUUUAAAUUACAAUUUCGGAUAUCAUAUUGGAUUCAACAUUUCCCACGUAGCUAGCUUGCAAGUCUCAGUAGUCUGUCUCGCACAGGUAGAAUAACGUUAACGGUCGGUGACAAAGGAGGGGUAAGGUGGCGAGGUAACGAUGAAUCGGUUUCGAAAGUGGCUCUACAAGCCUAAGAGGACAGACCCUCAGCUCCUGGCCCAGUUCUACUAUGCUGAUGAGGAACUCAACCAAGUGGCCACAGAACUGGACAGCCUGGAUGGCAGGAAGGACCCUCAGAGGUGUACUCUGCUGGUCAACCAGUUCAGAUCCUGUCAGGACAAUGUGUUGAACAUUAUCAACCAGAUCAUGGAUGAAUGUAUCCCUGAUGACCGAGCCAACAGAGACUUCUGUGUCAAGUUCCCAGAGGAGAUUCGCCAUGACAACCUGGCAGGACAGCUGUGGUUUGGGGCUGAGUGUCUGGCUGCAGGCUCCAUCAUCAUGAACAGGGAGAUAGAGAGCAUGGCCAUGAGGCCUCUAGCCAAGGACCUGACCCAUAGUCUGGAGGAAGUCCGAAACAUCACGAGAGACCAGGCCCUCAGAGACCUCAACUUCUACACCGACCGCAUGAGGGAUGCACUGCGCCACUUCGACAGCCUCUUUGCUGAGUUUGAGCUCAGCUAUGUGUCAGCCAUGGUGCCUGUGAAGUCUCCCAAAGAAUACUAUGUUCAGCAGGAGGUGAUUGUGCUCUUCUGUGAGACUGUGGAUAGGGCGCUCAAGCUGGGCUAUCUCAGCCAAGACAUGAUCGAUGACUAUGAACCCGCUCUGAUGUUUACAAUCCCCAGACUAGCCAUUGUGUGUGGUCUGGUGGUGUACGGUGAAGGUCCACUCAACCUGGAUAGGAAACCAGAGGACAUGUCUGAGCUCCUCCGGCCUUUUCGCACUUUACUGAAGAAGAUCAGGGACCUGCUGCAGACCCUGUCAGAGGAGGAGUUGUUGACGCUGGAGCGGAGCCUUUGUAUCUCUCAGGACGGGGAGUUCCCCUUGGUCCCUGAGUGCCCCCCCACACCCACCCCAACCCCCACCAUCGCCCCAGGCCUCCCUUCAUCCAGCAGCCCCACCAGCGACACUGGUGAGGAGGGGAGCAAGGAGGAGAGAGAGCAGCAACAGGAGGUGCUGUCUCUGUGCAUCUCCCACAUCCAGGAGGAGGAGGACAGGGAGUGGGAGGAGGUGAAGCGGGCGAAGGAGCAGAGUUCUCUGUGUGAGGAGGUGGAGGAGGCAGACCUGGCCUGCUCCAUGCAAUAUGAUGAGGAGGAGAUCGAACAGCUCAACAUGAUGGUGUACCGUGUGGGGGAUGAGAUGUCCACGCUGCUGUCCCCUCCCAGCCAGGGCCAGUCCCCGGCCCACCGCCCCAACAGAGGGGGCUCCAGCGGGGGAUCCAGCACCGAGGCCUCCCCCCUCCGGUUCCUGGUGGGCCGGGGAAGGACAGGUCUCUACCAUGAGGAGGAGGACAGAGUCUUCUUCAUGGAGGACCUGGAUGCAGGAGGGGACAUUGUGACCAGCAGCCGUUUGACCUCACCUUCCAAAGCCCCUCAGCCCUCCUUGCCUCAGCCCCGCAGACCUGGCCCCCUGACAGACUCAACCAGGAAUGGCUGGUCCACUGAUGCUCAGUCAGAUCUGUCCCAGCAGCCCCAAAACCUGCCCACACAGUGCCCAAACACCAAGCGACCCGGCCCCACCCCCGGCCUGGAGCCCUUGCCCUACACUAACGGCUGGGAGGUGGGUCUGGAGGGGGGCGAGACUGCUGAAGUCAUUGCACACCGUAUGGGAGGGAUGAAGCUCUCGGCCACGGUCAUCUUCAACCCCGGCUCCCCCAGCCUGACUGAGCUGGCUGUGGACAAGCUGCUCCUGCCCCGCCCCCCCUCCUCCUCAGCUACAGAGCCCUGCGGCCCCCUGGUGGCCACCCAUUGCCUGCUCAACUCCUGUGUCUGCUGCGGCAGCUGUGAAGACGGCCAUGAUGACGCCCUCACCAUGGACAACACAGGGCUGGGGAUGGACCUGGGGUUGGACAAACAUUGCAAGCCCCAUCCUCCACACAGCUCUGUCAUCCAGUCCUCUGCCUGUUGCCUGGCCUCUUCAGGACACAACUUACAUAGGAAGGGGGACUCUCCCCCCCAGCUGAUGCCCCCCUCCUCCCGCUGCUCCUUAGAGCCUCCUCCAGGGGAGGAGGCAGGGGACCAGCGCUGUGACAAGUGCCUGGUGGUGGUGGCCCCGGGAUCUCAGCAGGGCCUGGGCCAGGACAGCAGCCCCAAUGGAGUAAGGGGAGCCCCAGAGCCCUGUGUCCACCAGUGGAGGACAGUGAGGAGGCCUCAGGCCAGCGGGGGAAGGGACAGGACAGGAACCAGAGAGACAGACGGGGAGUCCAAGGAAGAGAGCAAGAAGAACACUAGUUUUUUUCAGGACUCUCCUCUCAGCUCAGUCUCCAGUAGUGACUGUGAGAGUGUGUCUGUCACCACAUGUAGUCUGUCCAGCAGUGCUUACACAGCCAGCCCUGUCAGCAGUCUAACCACAAGCUCAGGGACGUCAGAGGAUCUGGACCACCAUGAGAUCCAGCUGGCCCUGCAGGCUGCUAAGAUGGCCGCCAGGAACAAGAUCCGCUCGCGCUUCCACAGCAGCAGUGACCUCAUCCACCGCCUCUUCGUCUGCAUAUCGGGUGUUGCUGACCAACUGCAGACAAACUACGCGGCUGACCUUCGAAGCAUUCUGAAGACACUGUUUGAAGUCAUGGCUACCUCUGAGCAGGGGGACAAUGACAAGCAGAAAGCAGGUCCAGGGCUGCGCAGCGCCAUGCUGGAGGACUGUGCUCUCUGUCAGGAGACCAUCUCUUCCUCUGAGCUGGCAGCCAAGGCCCGGGAGGAACAGUUCGAAGAUCCCCCAGACUGGGUUCCUGAUGAGGAAUGUGACUCCUGCAUCACCUGUAAGGCCCCCUUCACUGUCAUCCGCAGAAAGCACCACUGUAGGAGCUGUGGCAAGAUCUUCUGCUCUCGCUGCUCCUCCCACUCAGCCCCGUUACCACGGUACGGCCAGGUGAAGCCCGUUAGGGUGUGUACACACUGCUACAUGUUCCACGUCACACCGUUCUACAGCGACAAGACUGGCAUCUGACCCCUGCUGUACCAACAGACUCCCCCGCCUCCCUGCCCCCUGCCUCUACAGAAGCAUAUCCAGGGGAUAUGAGGCUAUAUUCAAAGUAAAUCCCCAACUGCACAGAGCGACCUUAACGAUCAACUUCAUCACACUGCACGGCAAGGCAAGGCUUUGAAAUAGGGAGGACAUGGAUGAGAGCGCAGAGAGAUUAAAUAAGGUCGGAUGUGAAGGCACAUAAACUAUGAUUAUACCCUUUCUGUUAUUUUUGAGAUGCUACUGCUGCCUGAAAGGGACCUACGGCGCCUGAUGCUAUGCUGUCCUCCUCCUCUGACUCACUGAUGCCUGUCUGUGGAGGCAGAGGAAGAAGAAAGAAAACAACCGACUGGAAAUAGGGUUUUGUACUGGCAUGUUGCAAGGCUACUCUGGACCGGUCCAGUGCUUUAGGAACAGCUUCUGGGGCUGUUUGAAGCUGAAGAGGGAGAGAAAGCCUUUGGAACAUUUCUGUUUUAUUGCUUGUGUAUAAAAAAGGCCUUCUGACAUCAUGUCCUAUGCUUUAGUGGGCUUCCCACACUUGUGCCAGAGCUCUCUCAGGGCUCCUAUGUUAAUUUAAAGAAUGUAAGUCAUAAUAAACAUGUAAAUUAAAGAUAAUUAUGUUGAUAGUGAUGAUAA